GAGACUGAGAGAGAGAAACAGACUGAGAGAGGAGGCUGUGUGUUCGUUUCACCUCCUAAUCAGUUUUCCUGGUGGGAUCUAUCAUCGACUGCAGCAGGGGAGGCAGGUAGAAAAGCGGAAAAAGAAGAUAGUAGAUUUUUGCCAAGCUGUAAUUUUCUCCCAUCACCAUCUAACAAUUUGAGCCUCAAACAAAUGACAGAAAUGGAAGCACCUCUCGAAGCACCUCUCGCCACCCCCUGCAACAUCCAGAUUUGUGAGGUGACCUGUGACUCCUUCCGCAUCAUGUGGGACAUGACCCCCGAGGACAGUGCCAGAGCAACACACUUCUUCAUUGACCUGAGCCGCAAAGACAGCAGGGACCACAACCGCUUCAAACACAGGGAUGUACCAACCAAGCUGGUGGCCAAGGCUGUACCUCUCCCCAUGGCAGUGAGGGGACACUGGUUCCUCAGCCCACGGACAUUGUACUGUGUUGCUGUCCAAACUGCAAUCCGACAGCCAGACGGUGACUACCUGGUUUCAGAGUGGAGCCAAGUGGUGGAGUUCUGCACCGGGGACUAUGCCAUGGAACACUUACAGCAGCUUCUUGACAAGGCCAAGGGCUCUGCAGUGAGGCUGCUAAAGUUCUCUGUGUUUUACCGCAACCAGCACCCAGACUACUUCGACAAUGUCAGUAGGGAAUGUGGAGGCCUGAUGCGUCCAGCCCUAAAAGACAUCAGUGGGAGUCAUGGUUCUCCUAUCAAUGGCAAACUGCAGGGAGUCUUCUUCAGCUGCAACACAGAGUUCGAUACAGGCCUCCCUCCCAGAGACUCCCCUUAUGGCCCCUUGCGUUUCCAGAUCCCAGCUGGACACCUGCUGAACCCCAACAUCUCCCUGUACUUUGCAGACUUCUACUGUAUGUACACAGCCUACCACUACGUGGUGCUGGUGCUGGCCCCUGUUGGCUCAGAGGGAGAUACCUUCUGUCGCACUCGCCUCCCUAUGCUGGACUUGGCCUCCAACCCCUUCCUGACAUACACUGCCCCCCAGAGGCCGGGGGAGGAGCCUCUGUACUGCCACGCCAGUGAUGUCAUCCUUGAGGUGCUUUUCACAGAGCCGGUUCCCUUGGAACAGGGCAGCGUGGAGCAGAUCAGUGGGCACCACCAGCUCAUGAGUCUGACAACAGCCAACGCCAAGAAAGACCCGAGCUGCAAAGUGUGCAACAUCAGUGUGGGACGCUGAGAUGUAGGACAGACCUGGGAGUGUGUGAGCCUGCAAUAUCGAAAGACGGUGUUGCACAAGACAAAACAUUUGAGACCAUCAUGUGUAGGUCAACACAUUGGAAACAGCCCACCUCUCGGGGUGCGUGCAUGCUGCUACCCCUCUUCCCUCCUGCCUGGACUAGAAUAGUGAGUAUUAAAUAGAAGACUUUUACAAUGUGUAUCGCAGAACUUCAUCAUGAGCACAGCUGGAAACAGUAAACGUCCAUCCAUGGCUGCUGAACAAAACAUAAUUGAAGACAUGAUAGACUUUAGAUGGCUGGAAAAUAGUUGCUCCUUACUUGUUGAGAGACUUCUGUGCUCUCUGGUGUCAUUUCAUGAAUAUCUUUUCCUUCUUUCAAAUUUACAUUUUUUCCCCUUAAGAUGUGUUUGAUAUUAUCUUUUUGUUAAACCGUUCCACUAGUGUGAUGUGGUUUCUCUUAAAGAAAUUUGUGUUUGAUACAACCUGAACAUGCAAACGCUAGAAGCAUACCCCUUUUAAAACACAACAGGUCAUAACAAAAUAUUUAGCUACAUUUACUUCUUGUGAUGAUUUCUCUAAAAAAGCUGCCAGAUGUUCUUUAUCCUUUAAAAAAAAAAAAAAAAGGAUUAUUGCCAAACAUCCAAUCUUUGACUCCAGUUGUCAGCGCUCCUGCCAAAUGCUUCUUAUGGAGUUCACUGUAGAGUUAUGAUUUGGAAAUUGUAGCUCAGUGUCUAAAUGUUGCAGGAUAUAUGUUGCAUUGUGAAGAUGAAAGCAGGGCGUUACAGAAAGAAGGUUGUAUCACAAAGUUCCCUACGAUCAGAAUCUGACAGCAAGCCUCUGCUCUGCAAACAGGGCUGAGCUAAGAUUAGCUUCAGUGUCUGCCCAAUAAUCUCUGACCUAUAUGGAAAUCCGUGAAAUGCCUAAAGUGAAAGGGAUCCCAUCUCUGGUGCACAACAGUAAUGCAUGCACUGACGAGUGGCCAGAAUGUAGGACAUGACAAGAGCGUGUGCGCUGAAAGAACAAAGGCUCACCUAUUUCAAACUGAAUGUGAGAGAAAACUAUAAAGAAAACUGAAUACAACAAUCUGUUUCAAAGAAUUUUUAUAUACAAAGCACAUACUAAGAUGUCAUGAACAUUUAUGAAAAUAAAUUCAAAUGUAAUAAAAAUAUAUCCCAUGUGUUGUCGUCUGGAUAAUUUUAGCUCGAGUGAGUCAUGACCUUUCACUUGGAUUCUUCCCGCAACAGAGAUGCGAGCUCACGCACACAGAAAUGCUGUAAUUCUGUCUGUUGUUAUUGUCCCAAAGAGGCUCGCUAUGGCCUCCCGGUAAAUAACUUAAACAGAAUUCUAUCUUCCUUUUGGCAUCCAGCACUUUAGGAAUGGCGAUGUCAAAUUCAAAGAUGUCUGUCUGAGGCCCUCCGAAGCGUUUCUGCAGGUACGUACAGGACACAUCUCUGUAGCUCAGCCAGGAGUCGAAGGUGAUGCGUAUUUGCACUUCCUUCUGGAAACUGAUGUUCCUGACUCGCACGGUACCUUGAAGGGCCUGUUCAGUAACACUGCAGUUCUCCAGGAUAACCAUGCUCUCUGCCAGCUUGGCACGAAAGGCCUGGAAAUCUGCAGAAGGCUGCGGGAAGCCCAGUUUGAGCCGCGUUCCUGGGCAGCAGGUGCUGACGGUGCAGCUGUAGCCGUACUCCGUCAUGCUCCCCAAACCCUGCAGCGACGGCAGUAGGUCAAGGUCAGACUGCUGCUCUUCAUCUGAAAACACCCGCACGGUUGUUAGAGAUAAUCCUCGAGAGUCAGCGAAAAUCACGUGUUUGUUCUUGAUUGGGAGCAAAACAUCAUCAUCAUCAUCAUCAUCAUCG